AGAGAGAGAGCGAUGACUCGGGAUAUCACUCCUUGUCACACGAGAAUCUAGGAACGCUUUCCGUCAUCUCUGCCGAAUGUGAGAAUAAUGUUGGAUCGUUUUGGAGAGAACUGGACAUAUCGAGGAGGUAACAAAGGAUUUCCGAUACACCAUUUGCACGAAUACCCACAUCAUUGUUCGACACAUUAACUCUUUCGCUUAACGCCUGUCGACGUUUUCGAAUCUCCUUUUUCCGAGUUCCCACUUUGGUUCGUUCACGCUUUUAUCCCUUUCGCUCGGAAAAGUGCAUAACUCGAGGCGCAGUUUAAUAAUCUACGGUAUAUAACUCAUAAUAAUCGUAACAAUUGGAAGAUAGCCACCCAGUUAGGUACCUAUCUUUCUCAAAUUCAGUAUUUUGCAAAAAAAAAAAAGAAAAGAAAAGAACCGUGAAUAUCAUCCGCGAAACGUUGAAUUCUCGCAUUUUCGACCAUCCUUUAAUAUUUCUAUACAAUUUAUAUGUAAUAGUUAAAAAAAAAAGAAAAAACAAAGCAUAGCCAACUAGAAAGACUUUUUCGAAAUUUACUUCGCAAUUGAAUUUGUUAAAAAAAAAAAGAAAAGCCAUGAAUUUCCUUCAUGAACUUUCUACGCGCCACUGUACAAACCGGGACUUCUGUAACUCUGUACAAGUAGCUGUAUACGAUAACGCGAUAACACGUUUCAGCGCAACGAAAGGGUUAAGAGCGAGGAAUCUUCCACAAAUAAAGGACUUCAAGCCGAAGGUACCAUCGAUUUCCGUGGCCGUGGAGACGCCUAAGUGUUUGAAUUCAGAGAGUCAGUCAUGGCGACGAGCCAGUGGAGCAAUAACAAUUAGACAACGUAACCAGGGAUAAAAAGGUAGAAGAAAGGUGAAAUAAAUAAAAGGAGGACGCGUCUUUGGUGGCGAUCGGUACGCGAGUUGGCCGCGAAGAGCCGUAGGAUACUCGAGAAAGGGAAGAAAAAAAAGAUAAAGAAAAGAAAAGGGGGGCAUUCGUCAUGUGCCUCUGCCUAGGGCCUGCCAAGUCGGGAAAGACGUUGCUGAUGAAGAGGCUGCACGGCGACGAAAUCGACGAGACCACCAACACGGUGGCGACGAACGGCACGAAUUUAUUCGCGAUCAAACACGAGGACGAGACCGGGAGAGGUCGCGAGAUUAUCGUCAGAGAACUCGGAGGGAGCAUGGCCCCGAUCUGGAAGCACUACUUCGACGGGGUACGCGAGAUAAUCUACGUGGUGGACGCCAGCAACCUCUGCCAAAUAAGCGCGGCCGGAGUGCUGCUCUACUCGCUGCUGGUGGAGCCCUUGCUGGGCGCCGCCAGGAUAGCCCUGGUGCUCUCGAAGAUGGACCUCUCCUACCGGCAGAUGCGAAACGAGGCCCUGCUGAUGCUGCACUUCGCCCGGCUCCAGCGGGAGAUCGAGCAGAGCAUCACCGUCCUCGAGGUGAGCGGCAUGACCGGCCAGGGCGUCGAGAAGCUGCGCGAGUGGCUCUUCGCCUCGUCGAGGCCUCCUCGACCGCUGAAGAGCUGAACGAGAGCUGGACCAACGCCUGCUGCU